AUGAGUGGCUUAUCUUUCGAUAAUUACCAAAGAAAUACUUUCUUGGCUUCCAAAUCGUAUGCUCAACCUAAAGCUACUUCGACAGGUACCACCAUUGUUGGUGUCAAGUUUAAAGGUGGUGUUGUGAUUGCUGCUGAUACAAGAUCUACUCAAGGUCCUAUCGUGGCUGAUAAAAAUUGUGCUAAAUUACAUCGUAUUGCUCCACGUAUAUGGUGUGCUGGUGCAGGUACCGCUGCUGAUACAGAAGCAGUUACACAAUUGAUUGGUUCUAAUAUUGAAUUGCAUUCCUUAUAUACAGAAAGAGCUCCUCGUGUGGUGUCUGCUCUUCAAAUGUUAAAACAACAUUUAUUCAAAUAUCAAGGUCAUAUUGGGGCUUAUUUGAUCGUCGCUGGUGUCGAUCCUACUGGUGCCCAUUUAUUCUCUAUACAUGCACAUGGUUCUACCGAUGUUGGUUAUUAUCACACUUUAGGGUCUGGUUCUUUAGCAGCCAUGGCUGUUUUAGAAUCUCAAUGGAAACAGGAUUUAAGUAAAGAAGAUGCAAUCAAAUUAGCAUCUGAAGCUAUCCUUGCAGGUAUAUGGAACGAUUUAGGUUCUGGUUCUAACGUUGAUCUUUGUGUAAUGGAAGUCGGAAAGGACGCUGAAUAUUUGAGAAACUAUAUAACACCAAAUGUCAGAGAACCAAAGCAAAAGAGCUAUAAAUUUGCUAGAGGAACUACAGCCGUAUUGAAAGAAAGUAUAGUGAAUAUUUGCGACAUAAACGAAGAAGUUGUUGACGUAACGUCUUAA